AUGGCAAAGAAACCCAAAGUGAAGAUCAGUGUCGACCCGGACUACCCGUUGCCGCCGGAGUUGAGACAAGACGACUGCGGAACUCAUCCUUACGUUCGGGGCCUCACAUCCCACCGAUGGGCCGAUGAGCGCAGGCAUCGACUCCAUCACCCGGUCAUCAUGUUUAUGACCAUUUUUAUAGCUUUUUGUCGCGAUAUUUAUGGCUUUAUGACACCACUGGACAAACAAAUGGCUACAUAUGUCGGCGAUUAUCCAUAUUUUAUGCAUUGCAAGUCUCAACUCAAUCUGGCUAGAUAUCCGUUCCCGGAGUCGCCCAUACGUCUAAUGGCGGGCGCAGUCACACCCAGGAGUGUAGGGCUGUUUGAUGAGGCGGUGAUCAUAGAGAUGUGCAAAUCGGCCAAAUUCUGGUUCCAUCACACGAAGACCAACACUAAUCUCGUAGGUUUGGCCGCAUUUAUAAUGUGUGUAUUUUCCGUCCACUUCGGUGUCAACGACUGGUCAAUGUUUCCCAUAUAUUUUCCGUGGGGUGUAAUCAACGCUAUGGGCAUACGCUAUGUGUUUAACAUAAGCCACUGGACGUACACUUAUUUCUAUCUCAUUUGUUUCUACCAUAAGGCGCGUAUUUAUGCGGAUAUUAUCGAGAAUAAUGAUCGAUUUUUCAAAACGUUCUCGAUCAUUUUUCUGCCACUAUUUAUGGUUGUUAUCGAUUGCACAAUAUUUACCGAGUUUUUCUCGGAAUUGCCCCUGGUGACCAGGUUUGUUGUUGGCUAUCAGCUAUUGUCGGGAACUUUCGUUAUAUUAAGUUAUCUGAGAGUUGUCUCGAGUGUCGCCGAAGAGUCAAAGAAAGCGUACAAACCGUUGCAUAAAUUGCAGACAACUUUGAAAACAAAUUCAAACGUUUGCCGGUAUAAGUGGCAGCGAUUGAUAUACACCACACAAACAGAGCUCAUAAUUAACCGCCAAAUACUGCGAAAGUCAUCAAAUCUGAAACAAUUUGAGACAAUAAUGAAAAAGUGUGUAAACAUUGAUUGCAUUAGCAUUUUGGACGACAGGAAUGGGCGACGAAAUCUAUACCGUAAACCGGCUUUAGCUAAGAAAUGGGUUAUCAAUAUCGCCGACAACUGUCUCAAACUUAAGUCCAUUCGUAUCGCUAAAAACAUAUGGUUGGAGACGGACUCCGUUGAGCUCCUAUACGAUAGGUUUGGGUCACAAUUGCAAUCACUUUCAUUUGGCAGCACAUCAUAUGUGCGUUAUUUUAAAGCCAUGAUUAAAAACAUGAUCAAUUGCGACAAUUCGAGCCAGCUCAAACUGCAUAACAGGUAUCAAUCGGGUAGCACUGAUUUUUCACCAUUAUUCGGCAAUGCGAGCAUG